AUGCAGCUUUGGACAGAGCUGCUUCGGCCGGGGUCACCGUACUCAACCCAUGACAUCAGCAGCGACGAGACCAGUACUACUAGCUCUCAGCCAGGUUUCGGCAUUGCUGCCGCGAGUGAUCCUUACGUGAACGGAACACUGAACGGAACGCUGACAGAAAGCAGCUACACUGUUGUCAGCGACAAGGGGAGUACUGACAUGGUACCAUUGAAUGCAGCAGCAGCACUGGCUCCUUCUGACGGUUCAGCAGACCCGUCGCAGGAAGCAUCACCGCUACAGCAGCAGAGUCAACAACAACAGCUGCAGCAGCAGCAGCAGCAGCAGGAGGAGGAAGAGGAAGAGGAGGAGGAGGUGGAGGAGGAGGUUCCAAGCGGAGCGCCUCUCCCUCCGCUUGGUGCGAGAGUGGAGUUAUCUGUCCCUCGGCUUGUCCUUCCGCCUGUCCCUCCGCGUGUCCUUCCGCCAAUCCCCCCGCACCUGGUGAACUGCGAGGCAAUGAUCAACGCGGUGACGCAGUAUGAGAGGUUCGCGCGUGGACGGCACAGGGUGGAGGAGGUCCCGUGGGCUCUGAUUCGCGAGAAGAAAGGCGGCGGGUCUAUGGAUAAGAUUCGAGUUGUGAGAGCACGAGGAAUUAGCGGCGGAUUCUCAAACCACGGGAUGGAGGAAAUCCCGAGGUCUCAGGUGCCCCAGGAGAAAGGUGGUGGGUCCUUUCAGGAGUUUUCCCAGGAGAGGAAGCGGGAGAGUGCGAGUCACGCCGUGCCUGCUGAAAGGAAGGAGUGUCUUUGGUUCCUCUACGCCACGUUCGUCCCUCAGUCCAAGUAUGGCAUUGGCGCGCAGCUCACCAACGUGGCAGGGGCGCUGGCACUGGCAGUGGCGUCAGGGAGGGUGCUGCCGUUAUUCCACAGACGUGCUCAUGACCUGAUGGCCGAGCAGCAAGCGCAGCAUCCCGCCACAGCAGAACCAGGAUCAAAUCUUCUGGCGGAAUCCAAUCUCCCAGCGGAAUCAGACGUGCACUCGAGCCUGCCUGUGGUGCGGCGGCAGGAUAUUCCCGAGGAGCUGCUGUGGUUCCCCCCUGUGCCUUCCCUGUGGGGGCAGCCGUGGCUGCGCAUCCCUGCCGUGAUUGAAAUCAAUGGACACAUGCGACAAACCACCAAGACCGGCAACAAGGACCGCUGGUGGAGGGCGCAGGCGUGGCGCUUCCUCAUGCGCUCGCCCUCUCGCUACCUCUGUGCCGCCCUCAACCGGGCUAGGCACGCAGCCUUCGGACCAAUGGCGGCUCGCCAUGUGGCACACGCAGAAGCCACAAUGCUUCAGGCUGAGAAGCUGGGCUUUGCUGCGAGCACUCUCCCCCCUGGGACCAACCAGCUUUCUGCUGACUAUCCGCUUCUGGGUGGUUCUCAGAGCAGCCUUUUUCAAACCAGUCAUCCCAAGAGUAAUGAAGGAGUGCAGAGCGGUACUUCUGAAAGCAAUGAUUCUCAGGGCGGGCUCUUGGACACAAUUUCAGUGCCGUGGGUGCCACGGCCGAUGGUGAGCAUGCACGUGCGCAUGGGGGACAAGGCGAAGGAGAUGCGGGUGGCGGGCUUCGGCACGUACCUGCACCUGCUGUCGAGAGUGCGUCAGUUCGACCCCUCUGCUACAACCGUCUGGCUCAGCACAGAAAUGCAGCCGGUAAGGUAA